AUGGGUGUGUUUAAUUUAGUGUUUCAUCAUCGGGGAAGUUUCGUGCAAGACGGCCAUACGUAUUAUAGAGGAGGUAGUGAGACUACUGUUGAAUGUCAGGACGAAGAUAAAUGGAGCUUUUUUGAAGCUGUUAGUCUGGUUAAAGAUUGGGGUUAUGAAGGUUUUAGGCUAUGGAGAAAGAUUCCGCAAACGGAUGAAGGGUUUACAAAUGUUGUUGAUGAUGCAGGAGCUGUAGAAGUUGCUAAGCAUUGUAUGUCUUGUAGGGUUCACGGCGAUCUUUGGGUAGAGCACGGUGUAGAAGACAUGAUGACCAAGGUUCUGGUACCUAAUGUUGAUGACUUCAGCACCUCUAGUGGAGAUGAUAGUUCUGGUGACUAUGUUGAUGCAAGCCAAUGUUUCAAUGACAGUGAAGAGGAAAGAGUAAUUGAAGUAGAAGAAGAGCAAUUUGAACGAGUGGAGGUAGCUGUUCCAGUUAGUGGGAAUAGGGUGGAGAUCGAAGGGAAAUCAUUUAGAUUCAAGCGUUGUGCAUCCAAGGAUCCCAAAAAGAUGAAAGAAAAGAGCAAAAGGGACAAGGUCAGUGUUUUGGUGCCCAAAAGUGUCUUAGGAUCUUGUUCAAAGAGGGCUACAAGGAUAUGUGAAGAUGUGGAUUAUGCUAGUGAGGAACUUGAAAGUUCAGAUGCUGAUGAAAGUGACAUGGAUGACAAACCUUCCAAGCCAAAGUAUGAGAAGUUCAGAUCAGAGCUGCUUAACAAAGACUUUCAAUUCAAAUUAGGUAUGGAGUUCAUUUCUCUUUCUGAAUUUAAAGAUGCUAUCAGGGAUUGGUCAGUAUUAAAUGGUAGAGAAAUAACGUUUGUUAAGAAUGAGAGCUAUAGGGUUAGGGUUGAGUGUAAGAGUAAAUGUGGGUUUUUGGCAUUGUGUAGCAAAGUGGGAGGUAGCCUCACUUACCAGAUAAAGACUUGGGUGGGGACCCACACAUGUGCAAGGGUAUUAAAUAACAAGUCUGCCAAUUCCAAGCGGGUCUCUAAGUUAGUGGUUGAAAAGAGGAAGUCACAAGGGAAAGUUAAACUGUCUGAAAUUAUGUCUGAGCUUAGACAGAAAUAUUCAGUGGGCAUUACCAAAGGGAAAGCUUGGAGAGCCAAAGCUAUGGCUGAAGAAAUAAUUGAAGGUGAUGCAAAGGAACAGUAUAACAUGUUAUGGAGAUAUGCAGCUGAGUUGAGAAAACAUUGUGCUGGGAACACUGUCAAACUAAAUACUGAGAGACCACAUCCAACACUACCACUAAGAUUUGCAAGGGACCCGAAUGACCAAUAUUAUCCUUUGGCAUUUGGUGUGGUGGAGACUGAGACAAAAGAAAGCUGGAGAUGGUUUAUGCAAUUGCUAAUGGAAGACAUUGGAGAAGAGAGAAAGUAUGUUUUUAUUUCAGACCAACAAAAGGGACUUGUUAGUGUCUUUGAGGAAAUGCAUCAGCAAGUUGAACACAGGGUCUGCCUCAGACACCUGAUUGCUAAUAGUGUUGUUAAGCUUGAUAAGUGGAAGCACAAUGUCAUGCCUAAUCCUAGGAAAAGGCUUGAUAAGGAAACAUAUCUUAGUGGAGAAUGGCUGCUUACAUGGAGCAGUGGUGAUUUGUGGCAAGUCCAUCACCCAUAUAAUGGAUUGCAGUUUGUUGUUGAUAUUGGGAAAAAAACCUGUACUUGUUGUUUUUGGGAUCUUGUGGGCAUACCAUGUAGGCAUGUUGUUUCUGCAUUACAGUAUCAAAACUUAGAUCCUGAGAAAUAUGUUGACCCUUGUUACAUGAGAGAAACUUACAGGGCAUGUUAUGAAAACAAUGUUAGUCCAAUAAAUGGCAUGGACAUGUGGCCAACUGUGGAUGCUGAAGAAUUGUUGCCACCACAAUACAAGAAGGGACCUGGAAGGCCUAAGAAACUGAGGUUUAGAGAGUUGGAUGAGAAUGGUUCAAGGAUGAGGAGGGUAGGUGUAGCAUACAGAUGCACGCAUUGUGACAAAUUUGGCCAUAAUUCUAGGAAGUGUCAAGCUAAGGAGCAAGAUCCUAAUGCACUAAAGAGAAAGAGAAAGACACCUAUGACCAAAGUGUCAAAAAAAUCUGAUGCAAAUGUUGAUACAACUGCAACUGGAGGUGGAACUGUGGAUGAAGACCCAGAGAUGGAUGCAUUGCUGAAUAAUAUGAUGGAUCUUUAUGAAGAACAACAAUCACAAGUUGACAAUCCCACACAACCUACUGCUAUGCAACCUCCCCCAACACAUGAAUCACAACCUGCUGCAAUGCAACCUCCCCCAACACAUGAUUCACAACCUGCUGCAAUGCAACCUGACCCUGCUGCUACUAAUGUCAAAAAGCCUUCAGCUAGGAAAAAGCCCGUGGCCGUGCCUUGGAAGCGAUCAAGAAAGAGAGUCAGUGAAAGAUUGAAGGAAGUGAGGAAUGCCAAAAGACAUGGUGGGCCUGGAUCAACACCUGAUGCACCUUUGACCAUAGGUGAAGAAACUGGUGGUAGUACCUCAAAGAAGAUAUCAAGGAAGAAGAGGAAGGGCAUUGAUCAGUAG